AUGGACCAAGUCGCCAUCCUAAAUUCCAUAGUGGGACAAGGGCCUGUACCUCCCCUUGAAGGUAAAGCAUUUGCCACUGACAAAAACAUUGGUCUGCCCAAUGAUCAAGAGAAAGUGGCUGUCGGUAAACCCGACGAAUCAUUCUUACACGAUAAUAUUUCCGAAGAAGGUCAUAUAAUCAGAACAGGGCGUGAUGCCGCAGACCAUCUAUUGUCGAUCAGAGACGAUGGUGAUCCAUCUGUCAUCUUCAGGAGUAUGGUCUUGGGUACCAUCAUGGCUUGUUUCCAAGCUUCUAUGAAUCAAAUCUACUUGUUCAAACCUACCAAUGUGACGAUCAGCGGCUCGUUCAUUGUUUCAUCCUAUACUUCCUCGGCAACGGUUGGGCAGCACUGUUACCCCGAGCUCGCCAAAUUUAUCAAUCCGUCCGCGUUCCGUCUGAAGGAACACUUCAUUGCGGCCAUAAGUGCAUCUGCAGCUUCCAAUGGUGCAGUGGGUAUUUCAGUAUUUACGGUCCAAAAUCUAUUUUACGACAUCAAGUUGACUCCCACCACUGUAAUCCUCAGUACUCUGAGUAUAGGACUGUUUGGAUACGGUUUAACUGGUAUAUUCCGACCCAUCACCGUUUGGCACGUAGAAGCAGUGUACUGGACCAAUAUACCUACUGUCAAAUCGCUACGAACCCUGCAUUGGGACACUAUACGAGACUCGAAACCACUCCGAGUAUUCUGGUACUCUUUCGGAGGCAUGUUCAUAUACGAAUUUUUCCCCGCGUACAUUUUCCCGUGGUUGAACUCGGUAUCGAUCCCUUGUCUGGCUUCAAUGAAUGCCACCGGGGAAAAGGGGGCUAUCUUGACCAAUCUUUUCGGAGGGUCAUUGAGUAAUGAGGGUUUGGGAAUUCUCAAUAUCAGUUUCGAUUGGCAAUAUAUCACGUCUGCAGCUACUUCGAUGCCACUAAAGCUACAAGGUAAUUACGCCAUAGGUAUUGUUGUGUGCUGGAUCGCAUUCCUGGCAGUGUACUACGGUGAUGCGUGGGGUGGUCGAAGUCUCCCAUUCUUGUCAAUCUCUCUACGAACUGCCGAUGGUGGAAGAUACGUCUCGACGGAAGUCUUCGUAAAUGGGGUUCUAGAUAAGCAGAAGCUGGCCGAAUACGGUUUACCCAAAGUGACAUCUACUUAUGUUUGGGCGAUGAUCAUUGGCAAUGCAGCGAUCGGAGGUGUCAUCACGCACUGCAUCAUCUUUUGGGGUAAAGAUAUCUGGACAGCGAUUAAGAACAGCCGUAAAGGUGUAUUCGACGAUAGGCAUCACAACGCUAUGAAAAGGUACAAAGAAGCGCCUUGGUAUUGGUAUAUUCCUAUCUUGGUGGUUGCCUUCAUCUUGGGCCUAGUCGUGGUUAUCAAAGAGGAUAUCACACUAUCCCCCGGGUCCUACGUCACAGCUUUGGUACUCGGGACCGUCGUAGCACCUUUCAGUACGAUCUUGUAUUCGAGAUUUGGAAACGGUAUUGCGACCAACCAACUGAUGAAAAUGGUAGCCGGCCUCACCUCACCUGGAAGACCCGUUGCAAACCUCUAUUUCUCGGCUUGGUCUCAUUCAGUCAUCUCGCAGAGUCUCAAUUUGGCUUGUGAUCUCAAGAUGGGAGAAUAUCUUAAGGUUCCUCCUCGGGCCAUGUGGUUGACACAAAUAUACGGAACGGUCUUAGGCGCUUUCAUCAAUUACGUCGCCAUGAUUUCCGUUGUGAAUUCCCAUCGAGAGUUGUUGACCGAUUCGAACUCGGGUUCUUCAACUUGGUCUCCCGCCUACUUCCAAAGUCUAAAUACAUCUGCGACCACCUGGGCUUUGGCCGAAUAUCUAUAUAGCAAGAGCGGGCAGUACUUCAUCGUACCACUGGGUCUCGCAAUCGGUGCUGGUGCCGUGAUUCUCCAUCGUAUUUUCGUUAUCUUCGGCCCUCGGAUAGGCAGGGUAUCAACUUCAGACCUGAACCUACCUCAAUUCUUCGCCUAUGCAGGAUACCUAGGAUUCAACCAAACUCAAUCAUGUGUCAUAUUCACUUUCGACGGUGGGAGUCUGUUCGUCCUGUUCAUCCUGUCCUUCGCAGUGUUCGGUGCGGGUGGGCCGAGUAAACCCUUCCCUACGUGGUGGGGCAAUCCGGAAGGGAACGUGGAUCACUGUCCGAAUGUUGAGUAG